UCCCCCAGUUGGUUCUUCAUCAAAGUUCAUCAAAAGAUGGCUUUAGGAUCAUUACUGCGCAGUUGUGAUUAUUCAGAAAUCUGUUCGGAAGAGGGAAUUGAAUUCGAUGGCGGAUGUGUUUUGCGCCGAUUGUAACCGCAACACGGAGGUGGUUCUGGAUCACGCGGCAGGGGACACUGUGUGUUCCGAAUGCGGUCUCGUGCUCGAGGCCUACUCCAUCGACGAAACGUCGGAGUGGCGAACCUUCGCCAAUGAGUCCGGCGACAAUGAUCCGGUUAGGGUUGGAGGUCCUGCGAACCCGCUGUUAACUGACGGUGGUCUCUCCACCGUCAUUUCCAAGCCGAACGGAACCACCAGCGAUUUCCUCACCUCUUCGCUUGGACGUUGGCAGAAUCGCGGUUCCAAUCCAGACAGAUCGCUGAUUCUGGCUUUCAAGGCGAUUGCUACUAUGUCCGAGAGGCUCGGCCUUGUUGCAACCAUAAAGGAUCGGGCUAAUGAAAUUUUCAAGAAGGUGGAGGAUCAGAAGUCCAGUCGAGGAAGAAAUCAGGAUGCGAUAUUAGCUGCUUGUUUGUACAUAGCUUGCCGGCAAGAAGACAAGCCCCGAACUGUAAAGGAAAUUUGCUCUGUCACCAAUGGCGCAACCAAGAAGGAAAUUGGCCGGGCAAAAGAGUAUAUCAUGAAACAACUGGAGCUAGAGAUGGGCCAGUCUGUGGAGAUCGGGACUAUACACGCCGGGGAUUUCAUGAGACGGUUUUGCUCGAAUCUUGGUAUGUCGAAUCAAACAGUUAAAGCUGCUCAAGAAUCUGUUAAAAAGGCAGAGGAAUUCGACAUAAGGAGGAGCCCGAUUUCUAUCGCAGCGGCUGUUAUAUACAUAGUCACUCAACUUUCCGACGACAAAAAGCCUCUCAAAGAUGUAUCUCAAGCAACCGGUGUCGCAGAAGGGACGAUAAGAAAUUCGUUCAAGGAUCUCUACCCUCAUCUCACAAAGAUAGUACCUCUUUGGUACGCACAGGAAGAUGAUCUUAGGAACCUCUGCAGCCCUUGAUAUAUAUAUACAUAAGGAUUCAUGUGGUUGGAGCUUUAGGAAGAGUCUAUUGUGUAUUGCAAGGAAUAAUAAAUAAUACAUAGACUAAGGAAGACUUCCAUUCUGAGGACAUUUUGCAGCGCUGUAUAGGUAUGGAUGCAUACAUAGGUCAGUAUUUCCCUACAAAGUAAUUCAAUUUCAAAAUAUAAAUAAAUGAUAGGAAUAGUGAUUCUAUUUGUAAUUUGCAUAUUAAAAUAAGGGAAUGAUUAAUGAUUUGUCUAAGUACAUAUACACAUAAAAACAGAUGGACUUGCAUGUUUGUUAAAUAAAAAUAAUGUGCUGUGACUUUGUAAUUGUAACUGUAUACUAUAAAUAUUUUU